AUGCUCAAAGUCGCUUUUGGAGAAAGCGCCUCCUUUCUCCCAUCACCUGCAGGGUCAAAGCAUCCCUCAACCAGCAAGGGCUGUGGUACCUUCAUCUCGAUUCGGGGCGGGGCUGAGGUCCGCUCAGCAGCGAAGCGACAGGGAGGCAGAGAAGAACUUCGCGGGAGACGGGCCGGGCUGACGGUGGGUGAGCGAGGGGACUCGGGUUGCACACCCAUCGCUAUGGCCUCGCUCCCCGUAGCCGCGAACUGGACGGACAGAGGAAUGGCCGGCGCGGACACCGGGAACCCGAGUGCCGCGCUCGAGACUGGGGCAGCCGCGGGAGAGGCUGAGACUGAGUGGCUGCAACUGCUCGUCCAAGCCGGCAAUCUUUCCGCUUCCUUCUCCCCGCUGGGUCUGGCGGCGGCCUCCCCCGCGCCUUCGCAGUCCCGGUCUAACAUCACCAACCAGUUUGUGCAGCCCUCCUGGCGCAUCGCGCUCUGGUCCCUCGCCUACGGCGUGGUGGUGGCCGUGGCCGUCUUCGGGAAUCUCAUCGUCAUCUGGAUCAUCCUGGCCCACAAGCGCAUGAGGACCGUCACCAACUACUUCCUCGUGAACUUGGCUUUCUCCGACGCCUCCAUGGCCGCCUUCAACACCUUGGUCAACUUCAUCUAUGCGCUGCACAGCGAGUGGUACUUCGGCGCCAACUACUGUCGCUUCCAGAACUUCUUUCCUAUCACAGCGGUGUUCGCCAGCAUCUACUCUAUGACAGCCAUUUCGGUGGACAGGUAUAUGGCCAUCAUUGACCCCUUGAAGCCCAGACUGUCUGCCACCGCAACCAAGAUUGUCAUUGGAGGCAUUUGGAUUCUAGCAUUUCUACUUGCAUUCCCUCAGUGUCUUUAUUCCAAAACCAAAGUCAUGCCGGGCCGUACUCUUUGCUUCGUGCAAUGGCCAGAAGGCCCCAAGCAACAUUUCACUUACCAUAUUAUUGUUAUUAUCCUGGUGUACUGUUUCCCAUUGCUUGUCAUGGGCAUCACAUACACCAUCGUUGGAAUCACCCUCUGGGGAGGAGAGAUCCCAGGGGACACCUGUGACAAGUAUCAUGAGCAGCUAAAGGCUAAAAGAAAGGUUGUAAAAAUGAUGAUUAUUGUUGUGGUGACAUUUGCCAUCUGCUGGCUGCCUUAUCAUAUUUAUUUCAUCCUCACUGCAAUCUAUCAACAACUAAACAGGUGGAAAUAUAUUCAGCAGGUCUAUCUGGCUAGCUUUUGGCUGGCAAUGAGCUCAACCAUGUACAACCCCAUCAUCUACUGCUGUCUGAAUAAGAGAUUUCGGGCAGGCUUCAAGAGAGCAUUCCGCUGGUGUCCUUUCAUUGAAGUUUCUAGCUAUGAUGAGCUGGAGCUCAAGACUACCAGGUUUCACCCGACUCGGCAAAGCAGCCUGUACACUGUGACCAAGAUGGAGUCCAUGACGGUGGUGUUUGACCCUAGCGAUGCAGAUAACACCAGAUCCAGUCGGAAGAAGAGAGUGCCUCCAAGAGACCCAAGCUUCAAUGGCUGCUCCCGUCAGAAUUCCAAAUCUGGCUCCACCACUUCAAGUUUCAUAAGCUCACCCUAUACUUCUGUGGAUGAAUAUUCUUAA